GUUAUGAUUGAGCAAAAUACUCCUCUCAAUAUUCAAACAAUGGAAGACUUCCCAACCACAUUCGAUUUCUCCAUAUCACCAGCAUUUGGCAUUUUCACAGCCGCAAUACAAGAUCCCAGUACCACAGAUAGCAAAAUGACCUUCUUUUGCCUUAAAAGUGAUGCCUAUGAUAGUAUAACGGCAUCUCAAGUUACCAUGUCUAUUAUAAGAACCAGACACAAGGAGUUGAAAAAAUUAGCGAAAAAACUUAACCUGACCAACAAGUCAACAAGAAAAAGCAAACAUCCCUAUAAUAAAAAUGCUCAAGAAGAAAGCUCCUCAAGAGCAAAAAGAUUAAGAACUGCAGCAAAUAAAUAUGAAAUUGCAAAUACCAAUACUCACCUGGCACCCGAAAAUGCAAAAACUAAUGCCAACUUGGAACCUGAAAAUACGGAAGCCUAUACCAUCCCAGAACCCUCAGGAUAA